AUGACCUGGAUCUCGCGCUCCAUCACGGCCAUUGGCCUUAUGCUGCUCGGCCACGCCUGCUACUCGGCACAAGAGCAUUCCGCGCUGCAAUCCUUCCGAGCCGCGUCACACUUGGCAACAUCCACGCCGGCAGCCACAACAUCCUUACCGGCAGACAUCACCAUUGAGACGGCUAUAGCAACGGUGGUCAUCGUUCUUGGUCUUGUGCUGGGUGCUCCGAACCUACGACCGAUUCAGUGGCGCGUAUGGGCUGGGAAGAUUGAGAGGGAAGGCGAGGUCGGUUUCCUGACGGGCAGCGGAGAAGUGGAGAAGGACUAUAUUGGCAAUCCGUUCCGGAUUCUUGAGAGCCGACCGGGCUUUGCCGAUGUUCGGAAACAGAGACGCGACUUCACCAACUGGAUCAAGUCUGGCGAGAAGACUGGAAAUGCGGCUGCUUCGCACUGA